CACAACCGCCAGCGGCGCUCUGCUGUCCAGAACACCUUCACCAGUCCUCUGCACCGGCUACCGACGCGCUCACACACUCAUCGUUUUAAGUGUUUCUUACGGUAGGCCCAUGCAGUUAUUCGCUGUACUAUAAACGGCCUUUUUCUUUCUUAUUAAAAGAGAAUGUGAAGCAUAUGGGGAAUGCUGUACGACCGACCGCUGAAUGAUUUCUAUGUUCUGUGGAGAGGAUCGUUCCUACGGUUAGGGAGUCGUUUCGUUUCGCUUUAUACGUUUACCAUCUCCUCCAUCCGAGAAUAUGGUGAACGCAUUGGUGAGGCAAGUGAGACGGUUCCCAUGGGUGACCAACGUGACCAUGUACGGAUGCCUUUUCGCCGGAGGAGACUUCGUACAUCAGUUAUUCACACGGAAGGAGAAGGACAUUGACUGGAGACACACUCGGAAUGUGGCCCUCAUCGCCUUCAGCUUCCACGGGAACUUCAACUUCUUCUGGAUGCGCUUCUUGGAGCGGAGCUUCCCCGGGAACUCUGUCCGGAUGGUCGUGCGUAAACUGCUCCUGGACCAGACCACCGCGGCGCCGCUGGUCACCUCCGUGUUCUACACAGGAAUGAGCGUCUUGGAGGGGAAACCGGACAUCUUUGAGGACUGGAGGGAGAAGUUCCUGAACACCUACAAGACUGGACUGAUGUUCUGGCCCUUCGUGCAGUGUGUGAACUUCACCCUGGUGCCGCUCUACGUGCGGACCUCCUUCACCGGCUGCUGUGCCUUCGUCUGGGCCACCUUCCUCUGCUUCUCGCGGCAGAGCGGCGACGGGACGGCCAGCGCCGCCCUGGCCUGGAUCUCCGGCCCCCUGGCCCGCCGCGCUGAGGCGGGGCCGGCCGGGGAACCGGGGGCCGGGGGCCCGCAGAGGGGGGCCACCUCUCAAGGAGAAGAGGGGGUUCAGCUCAGGGAGGAACGGGCGAUGGAGGCUGGAAACACAAAGGCCAACUGAGGAGAGCUGGAGCCGGUACAGCGCCGCCGACGUAAAGAGUCGUGGUUGACAUUAGAGUUGUUCCGAUACCGAUACCAGGAUCGGGAAUUCCUCCGAUACUGCCUAAAGUACAGUAUCGGGUAUCAGCGGGUACGCAAGUCUAUGUGCCGAUCCGAUACAUCACAUGACUAAUUGACUACACAGAGAACAUCACAAACACUACGGUGUUAUGCUGCAUUCGUUAACGGUCGGAGGUGGAAAGUCAGAAUGGGAAACGUGUCAUCUCUGUGUGUUUGACGCCUAACUCCAUGAAUAUAAAUGUAUUCUGACAGUCAACAGUAAGUGAACCGGCUGAGUAAGAGAACCCUUCAAUAAGAACAAGUGAUAUCAGUAGUUACAAUGCUAGAUGCUGUAUCGGUAUAUACUCUGUAUCGGCCAAUACUCAAGUUCAGGAAUCUGAAAAAAUUGUAUCGGAACAUCACUGGUUGAAAUCUGUCUAUCCAGGUGUGGUUUGUGUGAUUUAAUGUAAAGCAGUAAUUUAAUGUAUUGAGUUGAAUGCCUUGACACUUCAACACGUAACCUCAUCUAGCCUUUCUCUACAGAUGAAGGAGGUGCUCUCGAAGACUGUGCUAAAGCAGCUCUGCAUCAACACUGCAAUAGUAAAGUAGAAGGUUGUUGGUGUUCCAAUAUUGAAAUAUAAUUAAUUAUAAAGGC